GUUGUCUUCAAGAAAAAACAAGUGAUGCUUAUUGAGAUAGAGCCAUUAUAGUAUGUGUUUUAUAGCGGUGCUCAUGACACAAGCUGCCAGCCUUUAUUGGGCGUGUUUCAUCUUCGUGAAAGCAGCCGGGCAGCGGUGGCAUCACAGCGGAAGGAGGCUAGUGUAGAUGGUUGGGCGAGCAACUUCUUCCCGUGGAGAGCUAGCUAGCGAGCCAGACUAGAGACAAGGUAGUUAGCGUUAGCAUGCUAAUGUUAGCAGCAUCAGGGUUGAGAGUAGACACCGGUGACGGAGGAGGAGUCUGAUGUAAACGCUGGCCCUGCCUUUGAUAUGAGCUAACGUUACUCACUGUUCUUUCGCUUUAGAUCAGUGUUCUUUUGUGAUUGGCAGCCCCCCCCCCUAGCCUCAAUUUAACUCAUGUUAUCUUUGUGUAUGCGAAAGGAACUCUCAUAUGUUUGACUUCUGCCCAAAAAGUGCUCUUGCUCUUCCCAUCUUCAAGUGUGAACGCUCAUUCAUUGUCUGGCACCCCUUAAAGUGCUACUUUGUUCGCAACUCAAAUAUAAACUCCCUCCAGCCCAGAACACCUGAAGCUCCUGAUCGCUGAAAACUGACAUAAUGACUAUCAAUAGAAGGGUCAGCAGGGAAGCAGUUUACCUGCACAUUGUUACUUUAUGUAACCCAGGGCACCGAUGUAGGGGACUGCAACAAGAAUGGAAAAAAAGCUGCCGAGGCCAUGUCACUUAGUAAGGAGGACAUGUCCAUCUUCGGCCUGUACCCCGGCCAUGAUGACUUCUACCUGGUGGUGUGCAGCCAUUGCGGCCAGGUAGUGAAGCCGCAAGCGUUCGAGAAGCACUGUGAGCGACGGCACGGCCCGCUGGCCAAGCUGUACGCCCGACUGCGCUCCCCCACCCCUGCACCGCCACCCCAUCAGAGGCCCCACCACGGCCAUUCUCCUUCCCAUGGGACCAACGCUGCUUCCGCUUCAUCCUGGGAGAAUCGUGGCCAGGGGGCCGGGCAGCCGAAGCCAGCACCACCCCCACCUUCUCCUUCCACUCCACCGCAGUACAGACCUGCCAAGAACCCCAAGGAUGGAGUACGACAUUCCCCGCUGGAGAAGUCCUCCCACAGCGGCCACACAGAGUCACCAGUGUUCAAGCAGCCUCCGCCUCUGGAACCUCCUAUAAGCUCCCCCCCGCCAUCACUCAGAGACCCGCCCUGGCCACACGGAGGCACCCCGCCUGGUAGGCCUCCUCCCAGUGAUAGGCCCUCCACCCCGAAUCAGAAGAAGGAUUCCCCCCAGUCCUCGUCAAUUCCAAGCCACCGGGUACCCAGACCCUACAACAAAGUGGCCUCCAAGAGGGAGUGUGACUUGGACAAACACUGCGGCGUCCUUGACCCCGACAGGAAGAAGGUCUGCACCCGCCUCCUGACAUGCAAUUUCAGUAGAAGGUUGAGAGGAUUAAUUUCAGGAUCCAGUCCUAUCACCUUUGAUUUUGACCCAGUCCGUACACAUGACAGUGGAAAAAUCCACUCCGUCCACCAGCGGAGGAAAGUGAUGGGCCGCAGCAAGAACUUUAACGUGCUGGUGGCAGAACUGAAGACCAAGGUCCGGGAAAAAGGGGCCCAAUCCCUGGAUGGAAACUCCUCCGCUGGACGCUCCCCCAGCCCAGAGGCCCCCAUGGAACAGGCGGGGGCCCCACACUGCAGGAGACCCCUGGCCAGCCUCCCUGCUUUCAGUCGGGCAUCGUCUGUGUCGGAGAGCAACACGGAGGAGGAGCAGCAGGAUGAGUGGGGGGCCCCGUCACCUCUUUUCUAUGGAAAAGUCUCCAGUGAUGAAAGUGAAGCAGAGGGACCCGAGGAGCCCAAUGAGUUCCCAUCUUCUGCUGCACAUCCCAGACCUUUAGCGGUAUGUUCAUUUGGCGGCCAUGCUCUGGGUCAUGGCAUCUACACGUUUGACCGCAGACUCCACCACCUGAGGUCGGCUCUCAGCAGCAUGCUGGAGCAGCACAUCAGCGCACACCUCUGGAAGAAAAUACCUCAAGCCACAGAUCUCCAAUCUUCACCUUCCUCCGCCCGGAGCAUUUCCUCCUCCUCGUCGUCCUCCUCGUCGUCCUCCUCGUCCUCCUCCUCGUCCUCCUCGUCGUUACAUUCUAAGGUCCGCACAGGAAGUCAUAUCAGCUCCUCAAUCAAAACGGCCUCCUCUAUCUCCUCCUCCAGUCGAGGUCCAGGAAGACUCCAGACAGCCAUACAGUCAGAGAACUCUGGGGGCAGUGUGGGCUGCCUCGCUGGGGGUCACCUGCUGUCUCCGGGUAAGCCUGUGACGGUGCGUUCAGGGGGCUCCGGGCGACUCAAGAACCCUGUAGGGCGUCCCAGCAAGCAGACGAUGAAGCUGCGAGAGGAGGCCGCCACCGCUGCUGCCCAGCGCAAACGCAAAGCCCCCUCCCAGGAGGGGGAGCACUCAGGCCCCGACAGGAACUGUAUACUCCUCCAGGACCGGGGCCGCCCACCUUCUGCAGCCUCAUCCUCUUCUUCUAAAACCCCCAUUUCCUCACCCCUCACACAUGGACAGACCAAUGGCACACUUUCCCCCAGCGGCAAGCCCCGCCCCCAGCCCUCCCCGUCAGAAUCCCAUUCACGAGCCGCCAAGGCGGUCUGGACCUACAGACGGACACACACUCCUCUGGGCCAUUCCACACCCUCAGACCCCUCGUCCACCAACCACAACUCCCACAGCAGGGCCGGCGGGGGGGACUCAGGACUACACGGGCAGGGCGGUGGGAGGGGCUUUGAGCACCAGGGGCUUGUGAAGAAACGAAAAGGGGGCGGAAUGGAGGAGCACUCGCCCUCCUCCAAACCCUCAGUGCACCGCCCCCCCUCCUCCAGUUCCGGCCCUUCCUCCUCCUCUCCGCGCUCCAACUUUUAUCCCUGGAAGGAAAGCAAAGGGGGGGGGCUGGCUGGGGGCGUGGAGAAGAAACUGGGCACACAGAAGCCAAAACUGCACCAUUAAGUGUGCCUGCCUUACAAGAGGGAGCCCGCUCUGCUCAUUUCCAGACUGGGGCCACAGGACUCAAGUGUGGAUGUGUGUGUGGAUGAGUGUAUGUGUGCAGUAUGGAUGUGUUGGUGUGUAAGUCUGUUUGUAUGCGAGUGGGAGGGUGGGAUGAAAUUCAGAGUAUGGAUUUAAAAAUACCUCAAGACCAUCUGGUUAUGCUGCUAAAUUAAAUAUGUUUGUUUAUAAAAUUGGAUUAAAAAUGUCCUUUACA